AUGUCCAUCAUCCAGCAUCACACCUCAGCCUCGCUCACAGAUGCCUGGCGCACUAUCAACAUCGACGCACUGACCGAGGACAGUAGCGUCAACUUUGAUACCUCGACGCUGCGCCCGCCCCUGCCAGAGGUCAGUGAUGCAGAGGUGCGACAGCUCGCCCAGCAGAUUCGUCAACUGCUACGAGGAGGCGAUCCCGAGGGCGCCUUAAGGGGCUGCCUAGAGAUGCCUGUCUACCAGGCAGAUGAACCAGUCAAGGACGCGCAUCUCCAGACUGUCAUCGAGGUGUUGCAGUCAAUUAAGGCUAGCGAUAUGACGCCGAUGCUUAACCGAAUAUAUGGAUCAGAAGGCGGCAGUGAGCUCUUGGACGUGCUCAUGAAGUACAUAUACAAGGGCAUGGCCGCGGCGUCAUCGAGUGGCAACCCCCGAGCCCAAGUCACACCUCAAGCCACCGGAGGCUUUAGCCAGGUUGGCUCGAGGCCCGGAGCAGCAAAUGAGUCGGCAGGUGCAGGCAUGAGUGUGCUCCUGAGCUGGCAUGAGAAAGUGGUUGAGGUUGCAGGGCUGGGCUGCAUAGGUCGUGUUAUGACUGACUGGAGGAGGGUAUGA